CUAGAGUGAUAAAAAUGUGUUCUAUUAAAUUAUAUAAAACUGAACUUUUCACAGCAUUUUCAGUUCAAUAAACUUUUUUAUUUUAUUUUCAUGUGUAGAAUGAAUAAUUCUUCCUCUACCAUGGUAGAGUUGGGUAAAGACACUGAAAAAUGUGACAAAAGUGUAAAAUGUUUCACUAUGGAUGAAGCAUUUUUGAAUGAUCUUCUUGAAUGCUCAGUAUGUUUGGAACAGUUAGAUAGCAGCAGCAAAGUUCUACCCUGUCAACAUACGUUUUGCAAGCGAUGCCUACAGGAAAUUCUCAACUCUCACAAAGAACUGAGAUGCCCAGAGUGCAGAAUUCUGGUAGAUGUGAAAAUUGAAGAACUGCCUUGUAAUAUUUUACUUGUGCGACUUCUUGAAGGCAUAAAAAAUAAUGUGCGGCCAAAAAGAGUUGGAAGCAGUACUGAUGUUAUUUCUCGUAAUGCAGAGUCCUCAUCUGGUCAGCAACAAAUACCACCUCACCCACAGUUGCCUCAACCUUUGGGGAACUUGCCUCGCACUCCUAGUGCAACUGAUUUAAGAAUGGUGCCAAAACAGGUCCUUCAAGCAUGUCCUUGUGCAAAAGCUCUCUACCCAUAUGAAGCCAAAGUACCUGGUGAUUUGACAUUUAAGAAGGGAGAUUUUAUUAUUCUUCGGAAAAGAGUGGAUCAGAACUGGUUUUAUGGAGAAUUGGGUGGCAAAUCUGGCUUUGUACCAGCCAGCUUUGUGCAAGUUGUUGUACCCAUUCCUUCACAUGUGCCACAGUGUAAAGCAUUAUAUGACUUUCAGAUUAGCAGUAGUGAGGAGAAAGACUGCUUAACAUUUGGAAAAGGUGAUGUAUUAACCGUGAUAAGAAGAAUAGAUGACCAUUGGGCUGAAGGAAAGUUGAGAGAUCGGAUUGGAAUUUUUCCAAUAUCAUUUGUUGAGAUGAAUGCUGCUGCAAGGUCUGUCAUGAAAUUAUCUGCAAAUGCUCAGUCUUCAUCAAGAAUUGUACCACCUGUUGCCCCAUCCACUGAUUCUCAUUUUGUCUCAGCUCAAACUCCUACAACAAAUGUUAAUGCAUCUCAGAGUCCACAGUAUCAAGAGUUGAAUUCCGGAGGUAAUAUUCCCCAGCCAGUGUCAUCGGCCAUCAAUCCUCCUUUUUCAUCAUCAGCAUUUACAUCUCCUAUCCACAAUGCAUCACUUACAAUGCAACAGAGCGUCAGCAUGGCUGCAUAUCCCGGCACUUCGUAUGACUCCCAACAUCAUAGUAGUUCUCACCACAGACAGCAGCAACAAGCCAAAAAUGGUGCUGAAGACCAUCAGUCUGCUGCAGAUAGCUCACACGAAACUUCAUCUGCUGUUGCCAAAUCUAGGUCUACGCCCAGUCCUGGUCCAGUUUUUUCUGUUGCUUCUGUCACUCCUCCUUUACGUGCUGAAUCCAUUACUGGUGCUCAUACUCCCACCCAAGGAAGCCAGGAAGAGAGUUCUGGUGUCACUUCUCCCCUUGUGUGUUCAUCCGAUGCUUCAAAAAGUAGUCACUCUUCUGCUAGAAGUAGCAGUUCCAGUCAGCCCUCAACACACGUUGCUGUUCCAACUUUCUAUUUAGCACUUUAUACAUACAGACCGCUGAAAGAAGAUGAACUGGAACUUCGAAAAGGUGAAUUAUAUACUGUUAGUGAAAAGUGCCAAGAUGGCUGGUUUAAAGGGACAUCUUUAAGAACUGGGCUUAGUGGAGUAUUUCCCGGAAAUUAUGUUCAAAUUGCAAAGUCAGCAGUGCUGCAGCCACACAUAAAUGUUUCUGUGGCAGGUAGAACUUCACCUGCUUCUUCAACUACUUCCCCACCUCCUUCGAGUUCUGCAAUCCAACAGCGAACAAGUCUUUCUGGUGCAACGACAGACAACCCACACCUCUUUUACCCUAUCUCCACUCAGGGACCCAUUUACACCAACAGCCCCAUCACCAUGUGCGGGAGAGUCCCAGCCACCUCGACAAGUCCAGUCUCUCCCGCUCAUCCUGCUGUUUUGGAGUGGGCACAUAGUAUUGCAGUGGCUGCUCCUUUGCAGAGGUUACCAAGGCCCCUGAGCUCUGUUGGAGCAUUUUCUCCUGCACUGUAUAAAUCUGAGAUGUUGAAACAAAAUGGAUUCCCAUGUACCCAGUCCCGCUCAUUAGCAAUGGCUCCUUGGACUUCCCUCUGUGCCAUUGACUUCAGCUCACCGCCCUCAUCCUCACAGGUCAUCACGGACUUCCCAGUGAGGACCACCAGUGCUUCGCCAACGAGGAUGCUCUCCUACCAGGCCUCGCCCACCACUGGCAUCGGCAACCCCAACCAGGGGAUCAUGGAAGGGGGGUCCCAGCCCCGGUACAGCACCUCACAGCCUUCUACGCCGCUGAUGAUGCCACAUGUGGCGCCCCCCAACACGAACCCCUUCGUCACCCCCGACAGGGUGGGAUGCUCUGCCGUCACGACAGCGACAGCUUGCCUCUUGGCGGCCCAAGCGACCACUUCUCAGACGAGAGUCGAAAAGCACAAAGAGAAGAAGGAAAAGGAAAUAGUUAGUCUAAUGAAAAGGCUGACGAAGAGGAAAUCAAAAUCUCCACCCCCAUCUGAUUACUCAUGUGAUAAUCCCUCAUUCGUAGAUGGAACAUCAUCAUCUCAACAAUCUCUCUCUGCUGUUCAUGUAAGAUCUACAUCAUGCCCCAGUGAAGCAUUGGGUAGUCAGAAUGUCAGUCAUAAAAAAACGGGAUCGUUAGAUGGCUCGAAUGGUGAAGUUCCAAAGUCUUCGUCACGGCCGAAACAGCCCGCUCCACUUGUGCGAGAGAGGUUUCGUUGCAUUGUGCCUUAUCCACCUAACAGUGACUAUGAGUUAGAAUUGAAAGUUGGUGAUAUUGUUUAUGUUCACAAAAAACGCGAAGACGGAUGGUAUAAAGGUACACUGCAAAGAACUGGUAAAACUGGACUCUUCCCUUCAAGUUUUGUAGAGGGCUUUUGA